AUGGACAUGCCCUUCCUGAAUGAUGUGUGGGGCGAGGAGGACAUGUUUGCCAUCGAAGGCGGGAUUACCUCCGGACUCUCUUCGCCAGUGUUGUCAUCGCCCUCGUCUCCCGCUCGCCACUUGGCGAUGGCCAAAGGUGGCUCUUCGCCUUACCCGCCCUCCUCUUCGGCUUUCGCCUCUGCAUGCAUCGCCGCGAGCGCUAUGGACGACCCCUUCUCAUCUACGUCGCCCGUCUCAGCCUCACCACCGGCUUCGCCAUCCCUCAUCAAGCGCUCCCUGUUCGUGGGCUCGAAUAGCGACUCGCUCGGCGCAGUUGGCGGCAACGGGCUCCACGUAACCACGCGCACCCACGAUGCCUCUUCGGUCCAUGCGCCGAAGAGCGACGGCAUGCUCGACGGGCCGAUCGUGGUCGAGACAGACUACAUGGAGGAGGAAGGAGCGGAGGGUACCUGCGCUGCUGGUGCCCAGCAGUUCCACGGCGACAAGGAACGGCAGAAGCGAGAGAACGCGCGAGAGGCCGAAGGGGCAGUUUUGAAGAACGGGGUGCCAAUGGAGUCAGCGGCUAAGGACGAUGGCCGACGAAGCAACAAGCCCGAGGGAGAAGAAUGCAUGGAAGAUCUCCGCCAAGCGAUGAAGGGCGAGGCGCUGAGCGAGUCGAAGGGCGCUGAAAGCAUGGAGGUGGACGACAUCAACAGAGAGCUGGUGGCCUCAACAGCCGCAGCAAGCUCGACGGCGACAAACGACGACGGGCACGACCACCAACACCACUCCCCCAACGUUGCCGUCCCGAUGCCCGAGAGCCAUCUCGCAUUCCCCGACGUUCCGUCGACGACCGUCGCGGAGGUCACCACCCAAGCGGAGAAGGUACCCGAGACCAAGGAAGCACCAUCCGCCACGAAGGUGGAAACCGCGGCUCCGAGCCUCGCGCCGCUGGUUGCCACCGUACUGCUGCCGGUGGCUCUACCGCUCGCGCCGCAGCUGUUGGCAACGACCACCACGAUGCCGACGACCGCACUGGCACCGCUGCCAACGGUGCCGCCAGAAAUGAAGGUGCCUGUGGCGGUGACAACGCCGACGGCAUCUCGCGGCAAGCCGAGUGCUGCGGCCGGCAAGAAAACUCCCACCACGCCUAAGGCGCCCGUAUCGAAAACGGUCACCCUCCGCGUGAACACGGACCGGGAGGACUUCAAGCGAUUCGCCUCCAUGACACGCGACAAGCUCCGACAGGAGCUGAAGGUGCGGGGCCUGUCGGUAUCGGGAACGAAGACGGAUCUGUACCAGCGCAUCGUCGAGGCCAUUCUCGCUCAGGAGCAGAAGGACAGCGGUGUGGUCGGUGUCGUCAGCAACGUGAAGAUGGGCAAGGUCGUCAAGGGCAAGGGCGCCGGCGGGGUCAGGGCCAAGAAGGAGCCCGCCGGCAGGCAGCAGAGCAGAGCCGACCUGGACGAGGACGACGAGGAGGAAGAGGAACAAAGCAGAAAGAAGUCGUCGACGAGCUUCGCCUUCCCCUCUGUUUCGACUCCCGGCGCCUCAUUGUCUGGGCCGUUUACGCCCUUCUCGCCGUUCGCGCCGAUGUCGUCCUCGGGCUUCGCAGUUCCGCUGCCGUCGGCUGCGGCCAAGCCUCAGACGCCGAGGAAGGAGAAGGCAGCUGCCACCGACAACGCCCUCUUGAGCCUCGACUUUGAUGACGAAGACGCGCUGGACAUUCCGCUGGAGGAGAGCCUCAUGGAGGAACUGAGAAAGCAGGAGGAGCGGGAGCAGAGGAUGGGCAUGACCGCCACGACCGCCAACAAACAGGACGACGAGUACCGCUUCAGAAACGGGGAUGGGCGCGAUGACGAUGAGGACACCGACACAUUGGACGACAUGUCGAGCGACGAAGACGACGACGAGGGUUUGUUGGAAGACGAAGAGCAGAUCUCCCUCGCUGGUGACGGUGUCAGCGGCGGUCGUGCGGCGGUCGUGCGACGUAGUCACCGCAGCCACCACGCACCCAAGGACGAAAUGGGCGAGACCGCGAUGAGGCGUAAGGAGAACGAGGAGGGAUUGCAGGAGGCCUCCAAGCUCACCGACAUCGUGCUCAUCAACGACAAGAUCCCCAAGCACCUCCGCACGGACGAUAGGUAUUACUACUGUAAGCACUGUGACAGGGCGUGGCCGAAGACAUCGUUCAGGAACGCGCAACAGUUCGGUGCACACUGUUCCAACUGCGCCCGGCGUCAGAUCAGGCGGACUCCCUCGCUCCCCAGGGCCGUGGGCUCCCCGGUGGCUGUCGAUGGGUCGCGCCGCCUCAGUGUCGGACGCCUCAACCUCCGGCGGUCCGACGACGCCAGCCCCUCGCUCAAGUCCUCGCGCGACCUCACCAACAGCGGAACGCGCAAACUUGCAAAGACUCCGAUGACGCUCGGGCGCAUGAAGGCCGAGAAUCGUGGUGUGUUCCUCUGGUUCGAUGCCCUUCCGACCGACCUCAUCGUGCGCAUUCUGUCCUUCCUCGAAUCCAGCCCUCGUGAUCUCGGCGCCAUCUCCGCCAGCUGCCACUUCUUCUCGAUCAUCGCCGCCAACGACGCGCUGUGGCGCCGCAUGUGGGGCACGGACCUCGCGUCCCACUACAGCGGCACCUGGAGAGAACGCUUUGCGAGCCGCGUGUUCUUCCUGAAGGCCAAGACCGCGCUCCCACCCGUCAUUCCUUCGCCCUCCGCAGUAACUAGCGUUGCUGAAGGGGAAGCCAGUCGGCUGAAGGAAGCGUGGAAUGGGCUGCUUGCUGACCCCAAGCUGAAGGCCCGCACCGUCGAGACCGUGCUCGCCGUUCACCACGCCACCUUGCUCUCCUCCGCCGAGCUGGUUCCGAUGAGCGCGAAGCCGAUGUACCUGGUCCAGUGGGCGCCUGCCGACGAUAACGACAGCAGUGCGCCGGAGGAUCGCCAGAGGUGGGUGUCAGAGGAGACCAUGACCGUCGCACCUGUCGUGUCCCUCGUCGGCUGCUCGUCGGCGCUGCCGGGCCGCAAGCGACGGGUGUCGGACUACGCGCUGUCGUACGACGGCGGUAGCAGUAGCAGCAAGCGGAUGCGACGCCAGGACGGCAGCGACGACGACUCGAGCGACAGCGAUGAUGAGGUCGACAGCAUGAUCAGCUUCGACGACCUCGGCGGUGUCUCUGCCCGGAAGAGGAAGCGCAGGACCCUCGAAGACGAAAGCGACGAAGACGACGACCAGAGCGAGGACGAGUCCUCGCUCCUGGGCGAGGACAGCCUCGACGGCAUCAGCUCGGCCGUCACUGCGGCCGACUCGCAGCAGCUGAUGAGGCGCAAGUUCGAGGAGGGACCCAACGCCAAGGAGGCGCGGCUCAAGCGGAAGCAGCUGCUGCGCGACAAGGAGGAGCGAGCGCGGAAAAGGCGGAGGAAGGGCCGACGUCAGGAGGCGAUGAACGGCGGCGGCGACGACGGCAUGAACGGCGCCAACAACGACGACGUACCGCUGACCAAGGAGGACAAGGAGCGACAGCAGAGGGAGUUCCUCAGGGUGCUCUACAACAACCGCGACUACAAGCCGGUCAUCCUCUUCUUCGACAGGAACGCUUGA